CUUUAGCUGGGCAGGGGUGGGGGGAGGGGCCGGGCUGAGCUGCAGCCUCGGCGCUCCGGGAGGGCAGGGCCAGGCAAGGGCGGGACUGGCCCGAGGCAGGCGGACUGGAGAGCGGUGAAGCUAACGGGUCCGGGCGCGGGAGGCGGCGGCAGUGUCGGCGGCAGCAGCUCUCUGCACGGGCGGAGGCGGCGGCAGGAGCGGCAGGCAUGGCCCGCGCGGCGCCCAGCGCAGACUGAGGGUCAUGCUGUGGCAGCCUGGCAUCUGACAGGUGAGGAAGAACCUGCCAGGGAUCACUGCUGGCAGGAGCCAAGGGCAGGACAGUCUCACCCCAGAAGCAGGGGCGGGGCAGGACAGCUGCUCUGCCAAGGCCAACAAUCCCAGGAAGGAGUCUAAAGUCCUAAUGAGGCGCUCCACGCAAGUUCCGUCCACCCACGUGGCUCAGAGUCCAGCGCCUUGCUGAGCAGUAGCUGUUCCCAGCUCCAGAGGGCCCCACAGCACGAGGAGGUGCUUCGUGAGGCACUGUGCCACUGCAGCUGGAGCCGCGAUCUCCAGGAGCAAGGACCAGCACCUCUGAUGGGAAGCAGCAGGCCAGACGCCACCGAGAAGGGCUUGGUUUUUGCAGCCCUGACGUCCAUGAAGAUCACUGGUUUUCUUUCUGGCCUUGAGUCGGGCUCUUUUUCCCUGGCCAAGGAGUUGGACCAGGACGGCCUGCAAGUGUGAAGAGGACUCGUGCGUGGCAUGCAGGCUCCCUGAAGCCCCUGUGCUCUCUGCCGUAAUCAGGGUUCCAGGGAUUCCCCACUGCAGGGGAGGAGGGGCUGCCUUAGCGUCUGCUCAUGAGCCACAAGGACCCAGACUGCUCCAGACUGGACCUUUUCAAGCCACCAAAGAGGGGGGUCCCUGGAGUUGGCAGCCAGCACCUACAAGGGACUAGAGGGCUGGUAUGGACUGACCUCUGCCUCGACAGGGUGGCAGAAGACGCAGAGCCUUUGUGGCCCAGCUAGUGACUGAGAGACCCGAUGAAGUUCUGAGCAGAGGCUCCAGUGGCUCAGGGACGGGGGGAGGGAGGGAGUCUAUUCCUGCUUUCUCUUUUUGUUGAGGGAAGGUGUGGCAAGAGUCCCCUGUCACACUUCGUGCCCCUAUGCCCUUUCUACGUGCUGCCAAAACAAGCAGGCUGCGUCGUGGCUGGCCCCGCAGGGGGCUGGGAAAGGAUUGGCCACGGUGACAGCUGCUCCGUGGCCAGCACCAUGAAGUGCUCCCUUCGGGUGUGGUUCCUCUCUAUGGCCUUCCUGCUGGUGUUCAUUAUGUCUCUGCUCUUCACCUACUCACACCACAGCAUGGCUACCUUGCCCUACCUGGACUCGGGGGCUCUGGGUGGCACACACCGGGUGAAGCUGGUACCGGGCUAUGCUGGACUACAGCGCCUUGGCAAGGAGGGGCUUUCGGGGAAAAGUUGUGCCUGUAGUCGCUGCAUGGGUGAUGCGGGCACCUCUGAAUGGUUUGACAGCCACUUCGAUGGUAACAUCUCACCUGUCUGGACCAGAGAUAACAUGAACCUGCCCCCGGAUGUCCAGCGGUGGUGGAUGAUGCUGCAACCCCAAUUCAAGUCACACAACACCAAGGAAGUGCUGGAGAAGUUGUUCCAGAUCGUGCCUGGCGAGAAUCCCUACCGCUUCCGGGACCCCCAGCAGUGCCUGCGCUGUGCUGUGGUCGGGAACUCGGGCAACCUCCGGGGCUCUGGCUAUGGGCAAGAAGUGGACAACCACAAUUUUAUCAUGAGGAUGAAUCAGGCACCGACUGUGGGCUUUGAGAAGGAUGUUGGCAGCCGAACAACUCACCAUUUCAUGUACCCGGAGAGUGCCAAGAACCUGCCUGCCAAUGUCAGCUUUGUGUUGGUGCCCUUCAAGGCCCUGGACCUGAUGUGGAUUGCCAGCGCCCUCUCCACAGGACAGAUCCGAUUCACCUAUGCCCCAGUGAAGUCCUUCCUUCGAGUGGACAAAGAGAAGGUCCAGAUUUACAACCCAGCCUUCUUCAAGUACAUCCAUGACAGGUGGACGGAGCACCAUGGCCGCUACCCUUCCACAGGAAUGCUGGUGCUCUUCUUUGCACUACACGUGUGUGAUGAGGUGAAUGUGUAUGGUUUCGGGGCCGACAGUCGAGGCAACUGGCACCACUACUGGGAGAACAACCGGUACGCGGGCGAGUUCCGGAAGACUGGCGUGCAUGACGCCGACUUCGAAGCCCACAUCAUUGACAUGCUGGCCAAGGCCAGCAAGAUCGAGGUCUACCGAGGGAACUGAGCAGCCCCGGGCGCCUACAGAACCAGUUACUUCGAGGUCGGCAAGUGCGGGUUGCCGCCCACCAAUCAGACUGCGCUGUCCCCAGCAACCAAUCAGUGCUGCAGUUGGGAGGAGCUUCUUUCUUAGCCAAUCAAGCAACUCAAGGAGAACUUCCGGCGCCCCCGUCUCCACCAAUCAUGGCCUUGGGAGGCGGCGGGCCUAGACCCCCUCCCCUAAACCUGCUUUGGAUGAGGAUUUAUCUGCUUUUUAAGAGGCUGGGCAGGGGCGCCUUGAACUGCUCAUUUCCAGCUUAGGUCUGAUGGGUGAGUGAAGCCCGCCAAAGAAAAGUGGUUCCGGUGAGACACUCUCCCACUCUCCAGGGCAUUCCGUGGCUCACCAGCUAGCAGGGGGUUGAAUUCACCCCUCAAUUGGGCUGACCUCCCCAGGGCCUCACUAGUGUCAGGAACGGGUAGGACGCUCCACCGGGUCACAUGCAAGGUGCUUCUCUCACGCGUGCCCUCACUCCUGUCCCCACCACCUUCUCAGCGUCUGUCUUUAGGUCCUGGGCCUCCUCUCCAGCUCACUUGUUGAUUUGGAGACAAAAUGAGACCUCUGCUGGUUUUGCACUCACACAUGGCCCAUGUCUUUAGCCCUAAGGCGAGAGCAAAACGGUUGGACAGUUGGCUGGAAAGGAGAGCCCUGAGCAUGUACCGUUUUCUUUCAUUGUCACCCCAAAGAGGAGCAGGCAGCCUCUUGUUGGGGAUAGGAUUUGCUUUGGACUCAUGCUUUAGUUACCCUCAAGCUGCUGGGGAUGGCUGGCCAACCAAGAUUGCUUGACAAUUCUUUGCGGGCCUUGCAGACGGCUCGGCGCUUUGCUGGGGAGGAGGAGCGGAUUGGUGGCUGCCAUGCAUGGCUCCUCCUGUCCGCACCUUUACCCUGCUUACCCGCCUGUUCUAACCUACUUUCCAGCUUCUAAAAGGCUGGUGAGUCAAGAAUCGGGUUACAACUGGAAGCUACUUGCUUGACCCAGGUCACAGUUGAGGUUCAUUGGGAGAAAGGGCUUCAGUGGAUGUCUCAGGCCCAAGAAAACACUUCCCUGCAGUAUCCACAUAAAUAUUCCCCAUUCUUAAUGAGUUGACAUUACCGAGCAGCCUCCUGGUUAGGAGACAGUCACACAUACGGGAGAGUGUUAAGAGGUUUGGGAUGAGGCAACAAGUACCCCUAAAAACUAAUACAUGGAGAACUUUGCUUGAGUCUGUUCCUUCCCAGUUUCAAAAGCACGCGUGGAGGAAAAGGGUAUGCUGAGCUGGGCUGUAGCAGACCCUCUCAGGGCUCUAAGCAUCGUGCAGAGUCACGGUACCAGUUCUUGCCUGUCUCAUCUCCGCUGUCUCAAGAAGCUGCUGUGAUGAACAGUGGAAAAGCAAUGCAAUUAUGCCAAACAGUAUUGAGAAGAAUAAUUUAUUUUUCUUCCCUUUGUUUUGUUUAAACCAUGAAUCCCCAUUCUAGAAAAGGUAGGUCUCAGCACCCAUAUCUUUUUCUUCUAGAGUUAAACAUUCAAUUCUUCCCUCUGUUUCUUUUCCUGAAUUAAAAAGAACAAAGCCCAUAGAGUCACUCAUCUGUUCUGCACUGUACCAUCCUAGGUGUUUGUGCCGAGGUGAGGACGUUUGGGAGAACAGAGCAGUUCUGAUAGCCUCUUACGGAGCCUAGUUCAUGAGCCCUGUUCUCUGACGUCCCCCCAAAGGACUCUGAGUAUUAUGGUUAAAAAAAAAUCAAUUUAUUAUGCCAGGCAUGGUGGCAUGUGCCUUUAAUCCUAGCAGUUGGGAGGCUGAGGCAGGAAAAUAAGUUAAAGGCUAGCCUCAGCUAUAUGGUAACUUUAAAGCUAACCUGGGCUACAAGGAGAAAAGGGGGAGCAAAAACUAAUUCGCUGUCCCCUCUAUGGAUUCCUCUAAAAGGGUAAUGACUUGGGAAGAAUUUCUGGGUUCCCUGAAAUGGCCUUUUGUAAACACAGGGCUUUACUUCGGGCUUGUGUUGGCUCAUCUCAGCACCUAUAAAGCAGUCCUUUCCCUGCGACUCUGCUGAGUUCUCUGGAGUUCUGACAGUUUUCUGUUUAGCCCAACCAUACUAUAUGUGGCCCACAGCGUGUUGCCAGUACAUGGUGCUAUGCAAAGGAACAGUUCCCUGGGAGAGCUGCUGGGGGCACAGUGCCUCUCUGAGCUUUGCCUAUCACUAAGGAUAAAGGCUUAAAUAAAUUUCAGUAGGGUAACUGGAAAAUGGGGUUUGGGGUGGGGACAUUGAGCCUGCACCUUAAACCACUCACUAAAAUAGGUGUCACCUGGAUUUCAGAACUAAAUUUAAAAACCCCGUGGGUAGUAGCUUUUUUUUUUUGUUUGUUUUGUUUUGUUUUUUUUUGUCUUUUAUUGUAUUGCCCUGGCUGUCCUAGAACUCAUACUACAGACCAGGCUGGCCUGGAACUCAGAAAUCCUCCUGCCUCUGCCUCCCAAGUGAUGGGAUCACAGGUGUGCAUCAUCACUGUCCAGAUAGAUUACUUCCCCCACCCCAGGUGUUGUGACUCAUUCUUCAGUCUUAGGGAGGGUGAGGAGGUAUACCAAACUUGCUUUGAUUUUUCUGAGAGCAGGGCUGUCUUGUACCUAUGCUCUGCAGACCAGACUGGUCUCAAAUUCCUUAGGAAUCCAUCAGUUCUGCCUCCUGAGUUCGAAGGGAUUUGCUAUUUCACAAAAAACUAACAGACACCAGACACUUUACAGGUGAUAACCUGGUCCAUGGGGUUUUGCCCUCUGGUGGUUUAACUCUUCUGUGAUGGCUUCUGAGACUGGAGCAAGUCUAUUCUGUUAAAAUAGGAGACCAGUGUAGAGGGCAGCAUUAGUUUUAUGUUCAUAGACAGAACCAAUCUAUCAGGACGCCAUGAGGGUCGCUGGGUGGACUUUGCUAUGGCCAGGGAUGAGCCACUUUUGCUCCAUUCUUAGUCCACAGACUAUCUGCCUUGUGGUUUGCUUUUUUGAGACAGGAUUUCUCUUUGCAGACUAGGCUGGCCUCAAACCCAGAGAUCUGUCCGCCUGUUUUGAAAGUGCUGGAGUGUGCUACCACUACCCCACUAUCUGCCCACUCCUUUUGUUUUGUUGUUUUUGUUUGUAUUGUUUUUUUGGAUUUGUUUUUUUCGAGACAGGGUUUCUCUGUAUAGCCCUGGCUGUCCUGGAACUCACUCUGUAGACCAGGCUGGCCUCGAACUCAGAAAUCGGCCUGCCUCUGCCUCCCAGAGUGCUGGGAUUACAGGCGUGCGCCACCACCGCCCGGCUACCCACUCCUUUUUUAACUUUAUAUGCGUUGGUGUUUUGCCUGCAUGAGUCAGGUCCCCUGAAGCCAGAGUUACAGUUCUGGGCUGCCAUGAGAGUCUGGGAAUUGACUCUGGAUCCUCUGGAAGAGCAACAACUGGUGUCAGCUGUUGAGCUGUCUCUCCAGCCCUUUCUGCCUUGUUUUUAAGAUAUAAGUUCUUCAUUUUCAGUGAACAUUUAGGUGAGUUGCAGGCGGUAGCUAUUGUUCCACCUAGUUUUGUGCCCUCACUCCUUUUCCCUUUCUUUGAAACUUCCCCACAGCCCUCAAAUGCCUGCACACACCACACAGGGACACACACACACUCAUCCAAGGCUGAAACUCUAGCCUACAUUCACCUUUCUGUGGAACCCAAAAUAUUUCAGAUCCAAAAGAGCGUCUAAACAUGUUUUCUUUUUCCUUUCUCUGAAUUCUGGGCUCCACUGUCUAGGUUCACAGGUGAGCACCGAUACACCAGCCAUCCUAAGAUCUAGAUGAACAUAAAAAUGACUCUAGUUCUGUUUUGGAGCCACAUUCUCUUAAUGUAGCUCUGGAUGUUCCGGAAAUAAAGAGGUCUUGCCACCAUCA